UGGUAAAAUGCCGUCUGCAGAUUUAAAAUGUCAAGCCCACCAACUCCGAAAAUUGAGAUAUUGGAUGAUGAGGAAAAUAUUGUUAACUUAGAAGGAGAAGAAGAUACAAAUGAUAAGUAUCUGUCAACUCUCAGUGCAAAUGACAAAGAUUUGAACAACUAUGUGCAGUUAUUCGAUUUAUAUCCACAAAUACUUCGCAAGUACAGUUUUCUUAAGUUUUUGUGAGUUAAAAGAUGUUCUCGUGAAUUCAAAAAGACAUUUGGAAUAGUAAAUAAAAUAGAAUACGAAAAUGGAAAUAUAUUCGAGGGAAAAAUCGUCAAUGAUAUGCUACAUGGUCACGGUGAAUUUCACUGGGAUGAAACAGGAUUGGUGUAUAUUGGCGACUUUAAAGAAAAUAAAAUUACUGGGCGUGGAAAGAUUAUUUGGCCGAAUAAAAGUGAAUAUAUUGGUGAUGUUGUUGAUGGGAUCCGACAUGGAUUUGGCACAUACACUGACUCCAAUGGUCUCCAAUAUAAUGGUCAGUGGAAGAACGGAAAGAAACAAGGAAAAGGUCGUUUAAACUACACGACUGAUGGUUCUAUCCACUAUGACGGUGAAUGGGACUCUGGACUACGUCACGGUUACGGAGUGUAUCACUACUCUAACCGGGCAACUUAUGAGGGUCAGUGGAAAGAUGGUAAACGUCAUGGAGAAGGAACAAUGCACUGGAGUGAUCGUGAUGAAAUUUAUACUGGAAGUUGGGUUGAUGGAAAACAAAAUGGACUAGGUUGUCAUGCGUGGCAUAUUCUUCGUGUUCGAACAUCACAAUAUUCUUUGCCCAAUGUAUACGAUGGUCAAUGGGCAAAUGGUAAACGUAAUGGACUUGGAACAUUCCAUUAUCCUAAUGGGUCUAAAUAUGUCGGUUAUUGGAAAGAUGAUCUGAAACAUGGGAAAGGUACAUUGAUACUUAAAGAUGGACGAAUAUUCGAAAGAACAUUUUAUGAAGAUCGUUUAAUCGAUGAAAACUCCGACUCAUUACCCUCAAGUAUUGAUCAGCUAACUUUAGAGAGAUUAGAUACACGUAUACCACUUGUCACAGAAUGUUUAUCCGAUCCCACUGAGAAAAAUAGUGUACUCAAAGAUACAUCAGACAGUAAUUUGUUGGAAAAUUAUCUGAAACCUCAUAUAUCACCGUCAGAUUACACUCAUUCAGAAUUACAGAAUAUGCAAAAUGUAAUAACUGCUUAUUUGACUCCAUUACGCAGUAUUUAUAGAUUUUAUGGUAAACUUGGUAUGAAACAGUUACCAGAUAAUACAAUUAUACUACGUUAUGUUCAGUUCUGUCAAUUUUUAAAAGAUUGCAAACUGCAUCAACAUACAAGUUUAGCUGCCUUAGAUAGAAUAAUUGCCGUAUCAUAUGGAUCUGAAGAUGGUGAUGAUAGUUGUGUUCAAAAUCCUGAAAAAUUAAUCUCUUUUGGUACAUUUGUAAAUAUUCUUGUGAUAUUAGCUUGUAACUUAUAUACUCAAGAAGAAUCUUAUGUGCAUGAAAAAAUAACUAAGAGCAAGCCAAGUGAUGCAUUACUUUGUUUACUAACACAAGCAAUUAUUUCAAAUGCAUGUAAACUUUCUGGUGUUAUUUAUCAAGAUAAUGAAAAAUCUAAAGAAAUUCAUGUAUUUCUACAACCACUUUAUCAAGCCUAUAAGUUUUUAGUACGAAUUAAAAGAAAAUUUCAGAAGUCAAUACAUCCACCACCAUACACUAUGACUGUGCGUAAUUUCCUUUUAUUCUCAAGGAUUUCAAUUUAUUAAAUCGAAAGCUUACAGUUAAAGAUGUUCUUGAAUCAGUGUGUAAAUGUAAUCCAGUAGUCGGAACAAUAGAAGAAUAUAAUUCUGAUGCAGAGCUUACGUUUUUUGACUUUUUCGAAGCUCUUAUUCAUUGUACGCUGAUUUUAAUGUUAGAAAAAGAUGAACCACAGGUAGAUUCUGUUGACAACAAAAUAAAAACCAUUAAGCCAGAUUUAACUAUUAAACGUAAGUUUUUACUUUCAUGUUUUCUUUUAUGGAAUGAAUACCAGUCCUUACCUAAUCGUGUGUACAUAGAUGAGCAUACUGAGAGGUAGUUCAUUCUGUUUAAUCUUAUCGCUGUGAAACGUAGUUUUUAAAAACAGAAGACACUCGUGGGUUACUAAUAUACAACUAUAUAUGUCUUCAAUAUACUACUCGCGUAUGUUUGAACUAUCAUGUGAACAAUACUGAGGUUAGACCCAGAAUUCUGAGUAAAGAAUGAAAAUGGGUUGAUGCGACAAAAUCUACAUAAACUAAGGCUUUUUGGGAAUUUUUUUAUUUAUGAUCGAUCACCACUUACCAUCAUGUUUGACAUUUCCUGAAUUAUGGGUAAGUUGUAAGAAAGAUAAGAUUGGUCAAACCUAAGCAUACUAUUAAUUCGUAGAAUCAUUGCCUAUUUAAUUUUGUCGUGUUGAUAAUUUCAGACUACUUGAUUGUAUUCCUCAUCAUUAUCAUAACCAAUGGUUGUAGAUUAUGGGUGUAGUGGGUCAGUAUCAAUCUCAAUACAAUACGUGCAUUCAUUCUUUUUGGACUUCUUCUAGAUCUUGGAUUUUAAAAUUAUAUGAUACUUUUCUAUUGCACAAAUUAAUU